CCAGGGAAAGAAGCACAAGUGUACGAAACGUUACGUUGUGCUGCACUGAGAAGUGAGAGAAAGACGAUGUUUUGUUCGACAUGGGAGGGGACUGUUACUUCUAGGACGCGUCAAAUUGCAAUUCUGAAGUAGCUCUCACGCAGCUUUGGCUGCCCAUGGAUGCCGUCAAUGUUGCGGUGAGGCUCCGGCCUCUAUUGCCCAGAGAGCCAAGCGAUGCUGUUGCUAAUUGGAAAUUGGCUGGCCGGAGUAUUACCUGUGCGAAAGUCCCGAAUGCCUCAUUCACGUUUGACCAUGUGUUUGACCAAACAUCUACCAACAGUGGCGUGUUUGAGGCCAUUGCCAAGCCCAUUGUGCAAUCAACGUUGGCAGGAUUCCACGGCACUAUAUUUGCCUAUGGCCAGACAUCUUCCGGUAAGACGCACACUAUGAUGGGUUCGAACCGCGAGCCAGGAAUCAUUCAUCUGGCACUUGACGAGAUCUUCAAUAUCAUUUCCGAGUGUUCGCAUCGUUUGAUAUUGACUUGAGCAAGCCCACCAUCAUGACCUGUGGAAGUGGCGUGACUGCGACUGUCUUGGCAUUCACAGCCUUCAUGGCCGGUCAACAGAGUAUUCCAGUAUUUGAUGGGUCAUGGACUGAAUUUGUGCAACGCGCCACCCCAGAGCAAGUUGAAAGCCUUCAAUUUCCUCUCGGUGAGGCCUAGUCCUUCCCACAAUCCACCUGGUGAGACAUUUGUCGAUUGGUGACCUACCCCAUCCACUGAUGUAGAUAUAGUUUACUUCGCCCUCCUACAACUUCUUCUGUGCUGCGGUCAUCAUCAGUGGUCGGAGGAUUCUGCUCGGAAAAUUCGCCGAUUCUGCUUUUAUGCUGCUCGCAAAAGACCAAACUUCUGCUCAUACUAGUUCUGCUCAUAAUUCUGCUCCUCUUGCAUGAUACAUAGUAUUGGCCUGGGCUAUGCUGCCGGGCUUCUUUUUUCCUUGGUUCUCUCUUUUCCUGUAUUAUGGCGACUGCAUACAAAGCAGUCUUUCACAACGGUCUUUUCCAAAGCGAUCACGGUGUGGAAACCACACCAUACAGCAGGCGACACAACUAGCAUUUCGGUCGGGAACUCCUCCGCUCUCUGCUUUGGGCUUGCAUUCACUUGUGCACUCUGCCCAUAUGCGACUCGGGUCGUUUGGCUUCAGUGCAAUCUUUGCCAGUCCUCAGAGGCCAUAGACCGCUGUUGCGAUACAGUUGAGUCAAAAGCCAGCCUCAGCAAGAACUUGCCACUGUUCGCCAUCGUCCAGAACAUCAACCUCCAAGUCCGUUCCACAGUCGAGUGAACGAUCGAGGAUUGAAAGAUCACCUUAUUUAUGCCAUUACUUUCCUCAAACUGAGUGAAAGCGUCAACGUUGGAUCAGGCAUAUGUCACAAUGACGGACUGCACGUCCAUGACUACAUUAAUUUUGUGUUCUAACUUGCAGACUACAAACAGGCUGUGAAGACGGAUGGGUGCACUACAGAGUACCGGCAGGGAUCGGUGUCUGGCCAGCACUUUUGCUGCUUCUGCUGUGUGCGUGGACGGUUACAAAUACAGUAGUAUGCAGUAGAUGUCGACACUGUAGAUUACCAGGUGCUGUUUUGCAAGCCCAGUGCUGUGGGCAGGUGCGGAUGAGCUGAUUACGUGGUGCGUGUGCAUGAUUAUCUUAAUUUGUUAGGUGAAAUCCUGCAUUUCUGCUCCAGUAAAGCUCUUUAUUGGCCUAUUCUGCUCCGUUUCCAGAAACCCUUGAUUCUGCUCGAAAUUCUGCCGGCAGAAUCCACCGACCCCUAGUUAAAAGAUAGUGAGAUUCCAUUGAAAUAAUUAAUUGUUCAAAUAUUGUUGUUUGGUUUGGCCAGGCCAGUACUAUUUUCUGCAUAAUGCAUAGCUGUUGUUAUUAUCACAUUAGCUGUUAGUACCCACACUUUGGUUGCGAUCAAGUUAUAGGCAUUGUCAAAACACAGCCGAGUUCAAGGGUAGUACCUGGCAUACACGUCUUUCUGCUUUCAUAAUUAUGGGCUUGGUUUAGUCCUGUAGGACUGCAGUGGU